GUGCGGCUUCGAUCGGUUGUGACUUUUGUCGAACAAAAAUAUAAAAAAAUUACAAGCUGCGUAUGUAUUGUGGUUAUGGUCCAAGCGUCUUGUGUAUAAAGAUUCAUUGUUUCUAAAAGAUGUCAAAUGAAGCGAUAGCUAUAGGCGAGGCGGUGUUACUGAAACAGGCGCGCGACAAGUUUGCAGCUACAUUUGGUCGGCAGCCGACCGCUGCAGCCUGUGCACCCGGCCGCGUCAACCUUAUUGGUGAACAUAUAGACUAUUGUGAAGGAUUCGUGCUGCCAGUUGCCUUACCGUUCGUGACUCUCAUAGUGGGUGGUCUGAAUAACACGGGGGAAUGUCGACUGGUGUCAGUACUUGGUACCGGAGAGGAGGUGACCACCAGCUUUCAAGCACCAACAGCAUCAGCGCCCUUGAAGCCAGGACCACCAGCUUGGGCGAACUAUGUUAAAGGCGUUGUGGCUAAUUUUCCAGGUGGAGUCGGAGGUUUUGAUGCAGUCAUCGUGUCUGACGUGCCGAUGGGAGCCGGUCUCUCCAGCAGUGCUGCCAUCGAAGUAGCAACCUUCACACUCCUUGAGGGGCUCACUGGCAGGAGUGUUGAUCUGGUGGAGAAGGCGAAACUGUGUCAGAAGGCAGAACAUGAGUUCCCCGGCAUGCCAUGUGGCAUUAUGGACCAGUACAUCGUGACCAUGGGCAAGAAGGACCACGCCUUACUCAUUGAUUGCAGGUCACUAGAAUCGCAGCAGAUUCCAAUGCAACUGGGUGAUUUAGUGGUUCUAGUCACCAACUCCAACGUGAAGCAUCAGCUGACUGGCAGCGAAUACCCGACGAGGAGAGCGCAGUGCCAGGAGGCAGCUGACAGACUGAAACUGCCGUCACUCAGGGGGGCCAAGAUUGAGGAUCUUGAGAAAUUAAAGCAGCAGAAAUGUGACGAGGUGGUGUUGAAGAGAGCAAAGCAUGUUAUAGAAGAGAUCAGCAGGACUGAAGAAGUAGCUAGAGUGAUGAAGAACAAGGAUUUUAAAAGGGUUGGCGAAUUAUUCUACCAGUCCCAUGAUUCCCUAAGUAAGUUGAUGGAGGUGUCCUGUCCAGAGUUGGACCAGAUCGUGGACAUAAUCAGAGGGGCUCCAGGAGUGUACGGAGCUAGGAUGACUGGAGGUGGCUUCGGAGGAUGUGUUGUUACCUUGGUUAAGAAGAGUGAAGUGGAGAAUUUAAAGAAGAAAAUCCUAUCCGAAUACAAAGGCACGCCCACUUUCUUUGUGUCACAGCCUAGUGAUGGCGUGAGGUUAUUGAAAUUGUAAAUAAAUAUUAAUCUUGUUGUUGUUUUCGUUGAUA